GAGAAGGGCCAAGUCGGUGCGCGCCAGCCAGCAGCGCUCUCUGCCAGGGGCAGACGGAUCGCUUUCAUGUCGCAGGGUGACUGCUAGCCCUGCGGAGGCUCCCCCGGCCGGGCCGGGCCGGGCCGGGCCGGGCCGGGCAGGCGGCGGGCGGGAGCUGCCCCGCUGCCGGGGUGCGGGAUGCUGGCGGCGGGGGAUGCGGAGCCGGCCGCGGAAUAACAUGGGGGGCGGCCACUCCCACAGGGCGCCCGUCUUCGACGAGAAUGAGGACGUUAACUUUGACCACUUUCAAAUAUUGCGGGCUAUUGGGAAAGGGAGUUUUGGAAAGGUGUGCAUUGUACAGAAGAGAGACACCAAGAAAAUGUAUGCCAUGAAGUAUAUGAAUAAACAGAAAUGCAUUGAGAGAGAUGAAGUUCGCAAUGUUUUCCGGGAGCUGCAGAUAAUGCAAGGCCUGGAACAUCCCUUCCUAGUCAAUCUGUGGUAUUCCUUUCAAGACGAAGAGGACAUGUUCAUGGUGGUUGAUCUCUUACUGGGCGGUGACCUGCGUUACCAUUUGCAGCAGAACGUGCACUUCAAUGAAGGAACUGUUAAACUGUACAUUUGUGAGCUGGCUCUUUCCUUGGAUUAUUUGCAGAGAUACCACAUCAUUCACAGGGACAUCAAACCUGACAACAUACUACUGGAUGAACAUGGACACGUUCAUAUCACUGACUUUAAUGUAGCAACCAUAGUGAAAGGCUCAGAAAAAGCUUCUUCUAUGGCUGGCACAAAACCUUAUAUGGCUCCAGAAGUGUUCCAGGCUUUUAUGGAUGGAGGUCCAGGAUACUCGUACCCAGUAGACUGGUGGUCUCUAGGAAUUACAGCCUAUGAAUUACUGAGGGGUUGGAGGCCCUAUGAAAUUCACUCAGCCACCCCCAUCGAUGAGAUACUCAACAUGUUCAAGAUCGAACGAGUUCACUACUCAUCCGCAUGGUGCAAGGGCAUGAUAGCACUACUGAAAAAGCUCCUCAUUAAGGACCCAGAGUGUCGCCUUUCAAGCCUUGCAGACAUCCAGAACUCUCCAUACCUAGCUGAUGUCAACUGGGAUGCUGUUCUAGAGAAAGCUGUGACCCCAGGCUUUGUUCCUAACAAAGGAAGACUGAACUGUGAUCCCACAUUUGAACUUGAAGAAAUGAUUUUGGAGUCCAAGCCUCUCCAUAAAAAGAAAAAGCGACUUGCCAAAAACAAAUCCAAAGAUGGAGCUAAGGAAACCUGCCCACUGAACGUACACCUGCAGCAGUGCUUGGAAACCGUUAGGAAAGAAUUCAUCAUAUUCAACAGAGAGAAAUUAAGAAGACAGCAGGAUCAAAGUGGACAGACUUCCAGCAUUGACAGCAGAGCCUCUCUUCAGAGCCACGAGAAGCUCCAGGACGGGCGGAACAACAAUUUGCUGGGACACGGCUGCACCAGGGGCUGCAGCAGUUAGGGAGCCCAGCCCUGCUCCUGCACAGGCAGGGGAGGGGGCUCCUCCCUGCACCCCUCCCUCUGCACCCCUGCAUCCCUCCUGGCCCCUCCAGGAUCCAUGGCCAAGGACAAACCCACACAGCACACUGGCUGAGAUUUUCCACGUACAACUCUGCCCUCCUCUUGACUCCGCCACUGGAAAAAUGACCAUCAGCAGCAAAAUGCAGUUUUUUAAGUAAGCGUGACUUUUGUUUUCAAAAUCCUGGAAGAAAACUUGAAACCAUUCUUUAGGCAGCCUCUCAAAGAUUGCCACAUUCCUGGAUAUUUGCAAGAGACAACUGGGGCCAGCUUUAUCUUGAAGGCUUUAAUAUUACCCCCAGUCUUUCUGCUAAUUAAAAUGGUCCCGUUUGGAAUUUUGUGAAACUGCUGGACACAGCUGUCUCUAAGCAUCUGCUGUUGAGUUUAUAACAGAUGUACAUGAUGUAAAUACAUUAAUGUAGUGUCAAAUAAGCCAAACACUGACUAAUUUCAUUUAAAUACCUGAAACUCAUUGAAAAAGUUGCAGUGUAAGUGUAUUCACAUUGUUCUUUAAUAUCAUGUGUUCUGCUUUGUAGUAAAAGGUGUGACCCUGGCCAAGUCAAAGUUUUGCUAGUGACUUUAGUGGAUGCAGGAUCAGAAACACCUUUUUAUUUGUAACAAUGGGCUGACUGAGCCAGAGUUGAAAAGCAGCUUAGUAAGGAGA